AUGGAUCCUUCAUCUGGGAGAGAACAAGAAUUUUGUUACUGUAUUAAAAUGCCCAGUAAUGAAGGGAUUGAUAUUCUGAAUUUCAAUGUUAAAAUUGAUACUUCCUGGGUUUUCCAGGAAUUAGAAGAUGCAAGCGUACCUGAUGAACAAGUAGACAGUGCUGGAGAAGAGAAUUUGAACCUCAGAAUAAAAGAGCUUGAAGAGUUGAAACAAAAACUGAAAGGUGUUCUAGAGGACUAUGUGGAGUCAGAUUCUGUCCUAAGAAACAGGAUGAAGGAUCUGGAGCUGUCACACAAAACACUUCUUAUGACCAUUGAUGAACUAAAUGUGAAGUUGCACCAAGUUGAAAAUGCAAAUGUGCGUGUUAAAGGGAAACUGCGAGACAUUCGUGAGGACUUAAUCAACUUGGUUAAAAACCAAGAAAACUCAGAGAAGAAGCAAAAGAAAAAAUUACAUUGGCUUCAGGAGCAGCUGAAGACAAAAGAAGAUGAAGUAAGAAGCCAGUCAGAGUAUUUUGAGCACUACAAACAAAGGCAGAGACAACAGACAGCAGUGCUGAGAGAAAGGGAAUGUUACCUUCAGGGUGAGAUAUCUAGGCUGGAAAAGCAAGUUCUGGAUCUUAGUGCCCAUAUUGCUCUUUUGGCAUCAGAGUUAAAAGAGGGAAUGGUGCAGUAUCUGCAACAGAAGCUGAAAUCAUCAUUUAGUGGGACUCAGGGGUAUAAACACUCUGACAUGGAACUAAUGGAGUUGAAAACUUGCAUUGAAAAUGUGGAGCAUGACAUGAAAAGCCAUCUUGAGACAUUUCAGCAAAAUCUGAAGUUUUUAAGGGAAAAAGAGGAGAAUAACAGAAGAGCACAGGCAGACCUGCUGAGUGAACUCCAGUUCUCCCAGGACACAGAAGACUUCCUCAGGAAAAAAUUGGAAGAUUCUUGCCAUCAUGCUUAUAAUCUGAAAUUAUCUGAAAUCAAACUACAGGAAAAAGUAGAAGAGCUUUUGGAUGAGAACCAGUCUUUAAAAGAUCAAAAUAAGGUGAAGUUUAAAAAGAAGAAAGAAAGGUACUCUCGAAUUACAAGACUGCAUAUUUUUGACCCGAAUGGAAAUUUAAUCCAGGAUGAUGUUCAACAUCCAAAAUGUGGAGCAGCUUUGGAUUCACUAGGAAGCAGAGCUACACAAACUCCAGUUAUGCUGCUACCUGCUAAAGAAUCUGAACCACCAGGUGGUAGCUGUGAUGGGCUAAAGCAGAUGAAGGAACUACCAGAAGAACUACCAGUUUUGGAACACAAUUCCAGUACCUUUGCAAAAGUUGUUGGUCCAGCUGAGAUUGAGCAGGUCAACCGUGGAACAAAGAGGGCAGAUCCUGCAGAAAAUAGUUUCACUUUCUUCACCCCAAGCUAUUGUGCAGCCACAUUGCUUCCCCCUUGCUCUGAGAAUUUAAUUAAUGGAAAGGAAACCAAAGUUGGAGAAAACUCUUCUCUCCUGAAGGAACAAGCUAUAAAACUAACAGCAAAGACACUUCCUGUUUCCAUGAUUGAAGCUUUGAUGGGGAAAAAGCUCCAACAUACUUUGUUAGAACCUGAAAGCCACCACAUAUCAGCUGUCACCACUGUGAAGGAAGUGAGGAAUUUGGAAUUCUGUGAGGCAAAUACCAGUCUUUGCUCUGAUGACAUCUACCUUGUAACAGAAGGAGGAUUUUCUGACACAGCUUCUGCACUUCUUCCUGGAAAUAUGCCUUGCACCAUGACUGGAAUUUUCACAUCAUCUCUAGAAAAAUACAAUGUGGAAAAACAUGGGGAAAACAAGCAAAUUCUGCCAAAAAAUGUAAGUGAAAGUAAAUGUCUGGAUAAGGUCAUAGAUGGUGAAAAAUAUCACCAAAAAAUCAUAAGAAGGAGAGCUAGAAGAGAAGAAAUAAAGAAUGAAGAAGCCCAACCACAACAGGUGACCUGUGUUCCUGUGGAAAGUUCUAAAGUUUUAAAUAAACCUGGAUUGAUUAGGCCUGGGAAGCAAGGAAUGGAAACCAGAGACAGCCUAGGUAGCACACAGGAUGUCCAAAAUUUAUCUGUUGAUUUUAAAAACUUAAAAAAGCAUUUUGAUGGGAGCCCUGAACUAUCCAAGGACCAAGGAAACCUCUCAGAAAUCUGCAUCUCUGAUGUGAAUAGGAUAUAUAAUGGAGAAGACAUAAUCAGUGUGAAGGAGAAAGGAGAGCAACCUCAGAAGUCAACUCAGCAAACAAACCCUUCCAGCAAUAUUGGCCUGAAAAAAAAGAAAGACCAAACCCUGAAACUAUGUGAACCAAAUUAUAAGAAUUUAUCAUGUCAAAAAAUAGCUGCUGAAAACAUGCAAAAUGCAUACUUUCAGAAUUUUUUUUGGUCAGAGGAAGAGAGAUGUCUACUAAAUAUAUUGUCUCCUAUGCAGGAGGGGGCUGUGUCUUUAAGCAAAAUGUUCCUCCCAGGGAGCAACUUCUAUGAGUGUUUCUGUCAUCUGUUGCCCCUGGAAGCUGGUAAUGGAUGUAAUAUGGAAAUACAUGCACUGGAAAAAGUGAUGGCUGUGUGUUCUCAGAGGAUAUUGCUGCUGAUGCAAGAGAAUGAAAACUACUCCGAAAAAAUCUGUAUAUUACAACAAGAGAAUGAUAGAUAUGCUGAGAUGGUGUGUGCACUGGAAGAGGAGAUGGAUGCGUAUUUUCAGUACAUUUUAGAAGUAGAUGAAGCUAACAUUGUUUCAUUCCAAAACCUACUUAAUGAGAAGGAAGUUGCUGGUGGAUGUUACAAUAACUUAACAGAAGAAAACACCCGGAAGCCAGGUACAUUUUCUGUUGAAACCUUCUGUAAGAGCCUCUUGUAUGUUGGAGAGAAAGACAGAAAUUCUAAAAAAGGCUCAUUGACAAUUGCAUCAAAUAAACUUCCCAGGAGUGUUUUAUCCCUAGAUGGAAGGAAAAUGAGAUAUCUCCAGCUGCUUUCUGACCUGAAAGAAAAAAGAAGCAGGUGUUUCAAAGAAAUAGCUAAAUUAUUACAAGACAAGGAGAACUAUGUAGCAAAAUAUAAUGAACUUCUACAAGAGAGAGAGGAAAAUUUACAAAGACUAUCUCUUUCAGAAGGUGAAAAAAAAACUUUACUGGGAUGUUUGGCAGAAGUAAAGUGUGAAGUAGCUAAAUACAGGACCAUGAUUUCAGAACUUCAAGAGUGCAAAACCAGCUGUUAUCAAACUAUCUCUGAUUUGCAGGGGGAAAAAUGUGUACUGAAAAGAGAAAUAGACAGAAUCAAGAAAGAAACUUCAGAACGGCUUGAUGAAUUCCAGAAAGCAAAUGCCAACUUUAUUUUAGAAAAUAACAAAUUGAAAGAAUUAAUGUCCUCUUUGGGUUUUACCUAUGAAGAACUGAGAAAAGAUAAAAGUUUGGGAACAAAAGAAAAGAUAGUAAAACAAAAAGAAGAAAGUCAUCAAGGUGGUCUUAAGCCAAAGAAAGUUGAGACAGCAUGUAGUGGAGCUCAGACUGAGGAAGGAGCUCUGGUUAUAGACAUCUCAAACUAUUUCCCUGGAAAAGAGGGUGGCACAUUUGAAAGCUACAGUGUGAUGAAAGAACAAGUUGAAAAGGCAAAAGAGGAACAAAAAAAACUGCAAAAGGAAUUAGAAAAAUCAAAAAAAGAGGCUCAGAAAUGGUACAGAGAACUUGGCUUUGCUGAAACAAGGUAUGAAGAAAUCAAAGCUCAUUUGACACAAGUUCUUGCAGAGUUAGAUCAUCUUAAACAAGAAGUUGGGGGGAAAAUGCUUGGAAAACAGCACUGCAAAUUAAUGCCUGUACUGACUGUGAAAGAUGGCCAGGAAAUGGAGGAGAACAAAAUAGCCAAUAAGAGAUUACAGCAGCGAGUGCUGACCUUGAAAGCUCAGCUCAGGGACCAGACUACUUUACAAAAUCAGUUUCGCAACUUGCAGGAUGAAGUGGAACUCCUUCAGGCUCAGCUAUGUAAAAAGGAAAAAGAACUUCAGAAGAGGGAGUCUGAAACAAAGUUGAUGCUAGCUCCUCUGAAGGCUAAGCUGGCUUGCCUCAUCCAAAAGUGCCAGGAAAGGAACAGCUUCAUUGCCAGGAUGUAUGCUGAAUUCCAAAACAGAGGAGUUGUUCAUUCUGCAUUUGAUGAAGAGGUGAAAAACUUGGUGAAUGACAUGGCUCUGGCAGAGUACACAGUUGCUUUUACAUCAAUCUAUGAGCAAGAGAUACUGCCUUCUUCCACAGACAUUUCAAAGGCCAAUGGACAGCCAGAGGGUCAUGAGACAUGUAUCAAAGGGAAUGGGAUGAGCGAGUUAAUACCUGCAAACUCUCAGCAAGAGGUGGAUAGCAUCCUCCGUUCUUGUGUCACUCCAAAUGAGCAUGCUUGUUCUCCUAUAAAAUUAACAAGUCCAGAGAGGAUCAUAGCCUUGCAUCAAGAGCUAAGACAAAACCAUUGCAAAAACCACCAGAUACCUUCAGUUGUCUCCUCCAACUCAGAUCCCAAGGUUGACUGCAACCUGCCUGUGAUCCAUGAGGAAGCCCCUUGGCCUCUGCUGUCGAGGAUGAAGGAUGCGCUGGCGCCUCCGGCAUGUGGUGCUUUCUGGGGCACGAAGGGGAGGGAUCAGUUGUCAAAAUGUGAUGAUGUAUUUUGAGGUCAAAUUGGAAAUAAGCAUGCAGGUGCUAUUCCCAGGGAAAGAAACAGGAAAAUGCCAUUAUGAAUAAGGCAUGGCUCUCUAGAGAAAAAGCAGAUGGCUCAACCUCAGCUACCCCAGCAAAAAGCUAUUUGUCAGACAUUGUCAGCAAGUAAUAAAGGUCGAAAUCCUAUUGGGAGGAAUCAGCUGCACAGGAAAGAAUAAACCCUGCAGAAAUAAAACAAGGGAAAAGAAAGUACUGACUGGGCCAAUUCCAGAGCACAGCCAAAACUUCUGGAGGUACUGCUAGUAUUGCAAGCUGUGCUCGUCAUCAGAGCUUGUAAGGUAUAUCAAGCAGUGCCUGGUAGUGGGAAGUUGGAGGAUGAUUUGGACAUUUGGUUUGAUCUACAUUAUUAAAUAGUGGGGAGAGGCAAGCUGGUGACUGGUUCAGAGAGAUGAUGAUGAUGAAUUAGGAUGUUGCAAUAUGACUUUCUUUGCGGAAUACAAGGAAGAAUGUAUCAGUCAUAUGGAAGAAGCCAUACUGCUCUGAAGGAAGGAGGGAAGGUGUUUUGACCUGGUGGUGACCCCAGCUGCUUCAUUGCAGGAAGAACUGAGAAGUUGCCUUGACAUACUAUCUGCCAGGUUUUAGCCACAUCUGCAGUGGAAGCUGAUCAUGUGGGCCAGCCCAGUGUGUGGUUUGAGUUUUUGUUCUGUUUUGUUUUCUUGAGAUUUCAGCAUUUGCAUUUUAAGAAAUUAUCAGGUUCAGCACAGAUCUCAGUCUUCAUGGGUCUGCUUGUCUGGGCACAGAAUAUCGUCAGCCUCGCAUGGCUUUGAGCACUCCUGGAAGAGCCUUUGAUCUGAGUUAGGAUGUUUAGUAUUUCUGAGGACAUGGUACUUGGGGGUACAAGCUGUUUAGAAAAUGAGACAGAACUGCAUUUUUGCAAGGGUAAGUAGGAAUUGGGAAUGUACUUUAUGUGCACUGAGAGGCACUUGGAACAUCAAAGCACUGUGUCCUAAUACUCUAGACUGAUUAUUUCAACCACGUGAAUAGCUCACUCUGAAUUUAGCUUUGAGAUAAGGUAUUCACACAUGCAUACAUGCUUUUCCUGAAACAAGUGGUUUUGCACACACUGGUUGGUAAUAGUACACAUGAUGCAAACAUAUUUUGCAACCUCAUUGCACCAUACAAAUAUCCACACCCAGAAGCCAUUCUAGUCAUAUCUGAGCACCCAGUUGCAAAGGCAGGGAAGUGGCAAUGCAGGGACAGAUUUGCCAUAAGGGAUCAUAUGGGUAGAUCUAUUCCUUCUUUAGCUAAACACUUGCACACAGCACUGUGAAGUCAGUGGCAAUACUUGUGUUGUCCUGCAUGGGAGCAGCCAUGGGCACUGCUCUCUCAAACUAUCCCUUAGAGUGCAAUGGACUUUCAAUUUUGAUAACUUGUAUUUCCUCUUUUUUUUUCUUUUAUUUUUUUAAUGUUGAGAUAACUAGAAUGCUAGAACGUGCUAUCUGUGCAAUGCUUAGCUGCCCAGUAAUUCCAGAUAUCCUUUGAAAGGAGGCAGAAGGAUAAUGAACUAUGGAAUCCCAAAUCAGAUUAAUGUAAUGUGCAUUUCUAGAUUAUGAUUAGUAUCAAGAUGACACGUUGGCAUGGUAACACUUGAAGCUUAACUGCAAGUUCUUAAAAUAAAGCAAUGACAUAUGUGUAUGUUGCUAUCCAUUUGCAUACUAUCCACCUGAAAACAUACAUAAUUCGCAGAACACUCCAGCAAUUAAACCCUACUUCUUAGUUCUGAAUUAACUGUUGAACUAAAACAUCAUGCCUCUUUCCUAUUAUUUAUGAAUAAUGUCCCACCAUAAAUUAUAAAUGUUGAUAAUGAACCUGUCCGUUUUGUAACAUCUUAGGCUUUCUGACAUUUGGUUUCAUUUUAAAAUUAUUUGCAUAAGGAAUGUAGAACAUGCUUCAUCCUUUGUGGUUUGUACCACCCUGAUCUCCUUUAAAUUCUACCACCUUCUAAUAUAAAAAUUGUCUCACUGAUAUUGGAAAAGCCUGUCUAUUAAUUAAGUUGAUAGACCAGUGAGUGCAUUUCAUGUGGCUGAGAAGUGGGAAUUAAAAUCCCAACUUUACCUCAAAUCAUUGUAAGAUAGCAGUAAAAAUUUCUAAUAUGAGAUUACUAGCUGAGACAGUGAGCCCAACGAUUAUUUUCUAGUUGCCUUAUGGUGAAAAGUGUUGUCUAGUUGUUACAGUCUGUUUGGCUUUCUUUCACUCAGCAGAAGUUAACUUGAUUAGAUGGCAUGAUAUGGUAAAUGUGCCAGGGGAUCCUUUACUUGUACCAUCGUUAAGCUUCCUCAGAAUGCAAAAUUUGGCACUUUGUUCUGAUUCUUUAUAUGCACAACAUUGCUUUGACCAAAGUCCUUAUAAUCAAAAUAAAGUUGCUGCUAAGUUCUGCAUAACUAAUGCAACCUUGUUCUGCCACCCUAAAUAGCCAAAAUGGGCAGUGUUACAUGGAAAAUGUGAUUUCUUUGACAGUUCACUUAUUUACAUAUACUCCACUAUAUAGAGCAUCACAGGAUAUUGAAAACACAGCUUACAGUAUUUCCACAGCUCCUUACACAACCUUUAAAUCCCUGGUUCUGCUCUUCACACCACUAUGGAUGGCAGAUGUUGGAAGUACAAUGAUUGACUCUGGCAUGAUAAUCAUGUUACAUUCAGAAUAAUACAAUUGCCAGGAAAUAUUUCACAUACACAGCAGAGUUCCAAGGAUAAACCUCCUGCUAAGGUCUGGCUGAAGUUUGUCCUCAUGGUCUUUUAAAAAGUGGAAACCCUGAUCUGUGUUUCAUAAAUCUACCCGUGUUUCUCUUGUGCAGAUGAAGGAUUUUAGUAUUUGAAUUUACUAUGGUUGUGGGGUGGAGGGAGGGACAUGUGCAUGCUGGGUUUUGCCACUAAUCCUUUGGAAAUCCUUUAGUGCCUUAAGGAGGCAGAGGGGGAACAGACCUUAGGAUUACAUAAACUUGUUCAAACCUCUUUCCUGCUUUAGCAGAAUUCCUUUAAAAUAUAUUGUGCCUUUGGCUCCAAACAUAUUUGCAUUAGAAAUCAGUAGCCAUGGGAUUAUGGACAGGAAUUUUCUCCCCUGCACAAAUGUCAGGAAAGAGAGUAUACAGUUUCUUAUUUAGGAUGUGAAUUAAAAAUAUAGGUAACUUAAGUUCUGCCGUUGGAACCCAUGCAUAAACCAUUAUUUGGCAACUGGGAAAGUUCCAAGUUGCAGGUAAAGCCAAAAAAAAAAAAAAAGGAAAUGAAGGAGAAAAUUUAAAAGGGCUGGACAAAAUGCUUGUACCACUGAAGUGACUGGCAAAUUUCCAGUAGCUUCCCUGGGAUCAAUAUUUCAUGCUUGCUUCUACUUGGCUUAAGAAAUGCUCAUAUAUGAUAGACACUUAAGCAUCAUGUUUUAAUGUUUUCUAUUCAGAUAGAAGAGGAAAAGGAGGAUUAAUAGUUAUGGAAACCUGCCUUGAUAUGGAGUUGUUGGGAUCUGUGGUAAAAAUCUCUGUUCACUAUUGUUUCUCUGUAACAUAGACUCUUGCUAUAAGAAUAUCAAUAUGCAAAUGUAAAUUCCCAUUUGAGAGGUUACUGUGCAGUGUGCACUAACUGGUGCCAAACAACUACUUUUCUCUAUUCUCUGAAUUACAGUUUUGUCUUUUUUUAAAAAAAAUGGGAAAUGCAGUUAACAGUUGAAAAAUACUUCUGUUCAAAAAAAAGCCUGUGGGAGACAAUUCUAGUACUCCCUGAUAGUCUUAUGCAGCUCAGGAAAAGCUGAAUAAGCUUUUAGCUCAUAAGUGAAUUUUACCUUUUAGGAAUUAAGAACAAUUUUUGGUUAAAAAAAAAAAAGGGCACAAGAAAUGAGGACCUGAAAAUCUGAGUGGUGGUGGUGUUCUCUUUUGCUCCCUGUGGUGACAAGUUUAAAAGAAUAUGUAAAUAGUUAAAAUAAUAUAAUUACAUGGCUUGCAGUAUGUCAGACAAGACCCAACAUGGAACAGAAUUUUAUAGCUUGUUUAUAAAUUAUGCUACUGUCUUUUGUUUGGAACUUGGAAAAAGAAACCAUGUAAAUUAAAUGAGGAGUAAAGACUUACUGCACAUAUUUGUUUGACUGAAACAAAGGUAUUUCCCCACCUCCUGAGGUACUAAUGAGAAAUCUGGGAUGAAUGAUGUAUGGAGCUCUUCCCUUUUGAGCUCGUGCUGUGCAGCUAUUUACCACUUUUGCACAGGCAACGGUGGGAUGAUAACCAGAAGUCAUGAAGAGCAGUUGUUAGGGCCACAAAUCGGAAUCUAUUGCAAGACGUGCUCAAGAAUGCACAAAAAAAGCUGGCAUUUAUGGUGUGAUACUUAUUAACCAGAUGUACCAACUAGAAUGGGGAGAGAGAGGUGUUUGUAAAUAAAUGCAAAAAGUUUAAACUCUAACUGAUGACUGACCUCUAAUUGGGUGUCAAAUUGAUCUCAGCUAGGUGACAAGCUCCAAUAGUAUCAAAGAGGCCACUUGUGUUUUGAUGUGUUCCAUUGGAACCUUGUGGAUAACUUAUCAGCAAAGAUUUCUGCUCUAAGACAUUUGUCACUGAUAUCAGCUGUAUAUAUGUACUAAUUUUCAGUGUAACUAGGCAGGAUAUAGAAUUGUAAUCAAGUCACAAAGUCUACUUGAUGAUUAACACAGAUUUGUAACUCUCACUUAAAUUAUGUAAGAUAUGUUCACAUUUUAUCUUGUU